CAUGGCCGGGGCGCUGCUUCGAUGGCUCGGGCGGCCGCCCGCGGGGACCCUGGGGUCCCGGGGCUGGGGGCGAUUGGGGCUCCGGGGCCACCGACCCCUCAGGACAUGUCCCUCCCUCAGCCAGGCUGCUGCAGAUCCCGAGGCCUGCCUGGCCCCCCCUCCAGGGGGUCUCAGCUACGUCCAGGGAGCCACCACUUCCCAACUCCUCUCCAAGACGGUGGGCCAGUGCCUGGACGAUACUGCCCAGAGAUUCCCGGACCGAGAGGCCGUGGUGGUUAUGCAAGAAGGCGUCAGGAAGACAUUCAUGCAGCUCAAGCAGGAGGUUGAUCAUGCAGCCGCAGGGCUCCUGGAGUUGGGGCUCAGCAAGGGAGACCGAUUGGGCCUAUGGGGUCCCAACUCCUAUGACUGGAUCCUCAUGCAACUAGCUACUGCUCAGGCUGGCAUCGUAAUGGUGUCUGUGAAUCCAGGGUACCAGGCCCAGGAGCUGGAGUUUGUGCUUAAGAAGGUGGGCUGCAAGGCCCUGGUGUUCCCCAGCUGCUUCAAAACACAGCGUUACUUCGAGAUCCUGCAGCAGGUCUGCCCGGAGCUUCAGGGGGCGAGCCCAGGAGCGUUGAAGAGCCAGAGGCUCCCAGAACUGACGACCGUCAUCACCCUAGACUCCCAGCAGCCCGGGGCCCUGCAGAUGAAUGAGGUCCUGCAGGCUGGAGCCAGCAGCUCCCUGGCCCGGCUCAGAGAAGUCCAGUCCUCACUGUCCUGUCAGGAUCCCAUCAACAUCCAGUUCACUUCGGGAACAACCGGCAGCCCCAAGGGAGCCACCUUGUCCCACCACAACAUCGUUAACAACGCCAACAACUUCGGUAGACGUCUGAACCUGCACACGGGGGAGCCUCGGAUGGUCCUGCCCUGUCCCUUGUAUCAUUGUCUGGGCUCGGUCGGGGGAACUGUGAUGUCCAUCGUGCUUGGCACCACGCUGAUCAUUUCCUCUCCGAGCUUCCAGGGCAAGAAGGCGCUCGAGGCGAUCACCCGGGAGAGGGCCACGUUUAUCUACGGGACUCCAACCAUGUUUGUGGACAUGCUGAACCAGCCUGACUUCUCCUCCUUUGACCUCUCCACCUUGCGAGGCGGGAUGAUUGCGGGAUCCCCAGCACCCCCGGAGCUCCUCAAGGCCAUCAUCAGCAAGAUGAACAUGAGCGAGAUGGUGGUUGCGUAUGGCACCACGGAGAACAGUCCAGUGACCUUCAUGGGUUUUCCCCAAGAUAACUUGAAGCAGAAGACCGAAUUUGUGGGUAGGAUCCUGCCGCACACUGAGGCUCGGGUGGUGGACUCAGAGACGGACAAGGUGCUGCCGCUGGGCACGCCGGGAGAACUGCAAACCCGGGGUUACUGCGUCAUGCUCGGCUACUGGGGUGACCCCCAGAAAACCCAAGAGACGAUCACUGAGGAUGGGUGGUACCGGACUGGGGAUAUGGCCAUCUUGGAUGAGCACGGGUUCUGCAAGAUCGUGGGCCGCUACAAGGACAUGAUCAUACGUGGAGGCGAGAACAUCUACCCUGUGGAGCUGGAAGACUUCCUGCAUCGGCACCCUCAGGUGCGGGAGGUGCAGGUGGUCGGGGUGAAGGACCAACGGAUGGGAGAGGAAAUCUGUGCCUGCCUCCGCCUGAAAGAAGGGCAGCAGAGUACAGCCGAGGAGAUUAAAGCUUUCUGCAAAGGGAAGAUUUCCCACUUCAAGAUCCCCCGUUACAUUGUGUUUGUGGAAAACUACCCCCUCACUGUCUCCGGAAAGAUCCAAAAGUUCAAGCUACGAGAGCAGAUGGAACAACUCCUGAAGCUGUGAAGCCAGUGAGGGGGAAGGAAAAGGCUACUCCAGAGGUGGUCCUUGGUCCUCAGCUCCUCCCUCCUCCCAGGACCCCAGGGAAGCCCCUCUGCCCCCUCGGAAAUGGGAUUUAUAUUAUCAUAUAGACUUCGGUCUUGGAGCUUGCUGAAAGUCCCCUUCCUUGGGGCUGUGUUUCCUUGGUUACCUGGCUCUUGCCCUGGGCACAAGGUGAUUUGUGUCUGAAGGAUUCAGUGUGGGUGUGGGAGUCGAACUCUGCAGGGGGUUAGCUGUAGGACCUCCGACUUGUCCCCCUCCUCCUUCCUUUCUCUCACCCGAGGAAGAACAUAAUAAUAAUAAUAAUAGUAUUUGUUAAGCGCUUA